GGCAGGCGCUGCCGGAAGUGGCGCUGCGGCCCGGAAGCGGAAGUGGCGCGCUGGCGGCCGGCGCUGGCGGCUCGCGCGAUGCUCUCCCUGGACUUUCUGGACGAUGUGCGGCGUAUGAACAAGCGGCAGCUGUAUUAUCAGGUGCUGAACUUUGGGAUGAUUGUCUCCUCAGCUUUAAUGAUCUGGAAGGGGCUAAUGGUGGUUACAGGAAGUGAAAGUCCCAUUGUAGUGGUACUCAGUGGCAGCAUGGAACCUGCUUUUCACAGAGGAGAUCUUCUGUUUUUAACCAACCGAAUUGAAGAUCCCAUCAGAGUGGGAGAAAUUGUGGUCUUUAGGAUAGAAGGAAGGGAAAUUCCAAUAGUUCAUCGAGUCCUGAAAAUUCAUGAAAAGCAAAAUGGAGACAUCAAAUUUUUGACAAAGGGAGACAAUAAUGCCGUUGAUGACAGAGGGCUGUACAAACAAGGGCAGCACUGGCUGGAGAAGAAAGAUGUGGUGGGGCGAGCAAGAGGAUUUGUCCCCUACAUUGGAAUUGUGACUAUUUUAAUGAACGAUUACCCCAAAUUUAAGUAUGCCGUCCUCUUUUUACUGGGAUUAUUUGUGCUGGUCCAUCGAGAGUAGCCCAGUUGCACUGAAGUUCCUAGCGAAGAUGCCAUGUUUUUGUAACCAAGCGUUUUGAGUAGAGAAUGGCCUGAUGUGUGGUGAGAAAGGAAAAUGUACAUUUCAAUGCUUCUUAGCAGUUUGGGUUUGUUUUUUUACUGUGUAAGGAAGAAUGUUAAUCUCAGUAUUUUCAAUGGCUUGUCACAUUUUAGCCUUUUUGUACAUCGGUGAGUUUUUAUAUUAAAAGUCUAAGCCAAAUGUUGUGUUUUGUAUUUUGAAGCUGAGCUUCAUUUCUGAAGUGCCUACACAAGUGUUCUCUAGAUCGGUGCUGCUCCUGGCUGUGAGUAACCCCCUCCAGUUUGUAGUUUGACAGUGUGGAUGGUGACCUAUAGAGGGGACGGUCUUUUUUUUCAAAACA